CCCCAGGCCUGCCUGAACUUCAACCGGAGCGGGAUCUGCGAGCUGCACUGCCCCCCCCUCGUCAUCUACAACUCGGACACCUUCGAGUCGGUGCCCAACCGCGACGGGCGCUACACCUUCGGUGCCAGCUGCGUCAGCCAGUGCCCCUAUAACUACCUUGCGACGGAGGUGGGGUCCUGCACCCUGGUGUGCCCCCAGAACAGCCAGGAGGUCACCGUCAACAACGUGCAGAAGUGUGAGAAGUGCAGCAAGCCCUGCCCGGAGGUGUGCUACGGGCUGGGCGUGGAUUUCCUCAAGGGCGUCCGCGCCGUCAACGCCUCCAACAUCCAGCACUUCGCCGGCUGCACCAAGAUCUUUGGCAGCCUGGCCUUCCUGCCCGAGACCUUCGCCGGGGACCCCAGCACCAACACGGCGCCCCUGGACCCCCAGCUGCUGUCGACCUUUGAGAGCCUGGAGGAGCUGACGGGUGAGCGCACACGGGGAGGUCCCGGGACUGGGGACACGUCCCCAGGGGUGGUGGGGGGUACGAGGGGGGCGGUGGUGACGCCGUGCCCCCCCCCCCCCCCCCCCCCCCCCCCCCCCCAAACACGUGGGCGCUCACCCGGGCCGUGUCUCGGCAGCGGCGCCUACUCGCUGACGCUGCGGGACCUGGCGGUGCGGGCGCUGGGGCUGCGCGCCCUGCAGGAGAUCAGCAGCGGGAUGGUGCUCGUCCACCACAACCCCCAGCUCUGCUUCCUCCAGAAGGUGCCCUGGGACAACAUCUUCCGCCACCCCCGCCAGCGCCUCUUCCAGACCCACAACAAGCCCCCCGAGCAGUGCGAGAGCGAGGGGCUGGUUUGCUUCCACCUCUGCGCCAACGGGCAGUGCUGGGGGCCCGGCCCCACGCAGUGCGUGGCCUGCGAGCGCUUCCUGCGCGGCCAGGAGUGCGUCGCCUCCUGCAACCUCCUGGACGGCGCCGUCCGGGAGCACACCAACGGGACGCGGUGCCUGCCGUGCCACCCCGAGUGCCAGCCGCAGAACGGCACCGAGACCUGCUUCGGAUCGGAGGCCGACCAGUGCGUGGCUUGCGCCCACUACAAGGACGCGCAGCAGUGCGUGCGGCGCUGCCCCAGCGGGGUGAAGGCGGACGCCUCCUUCGUGCCCAUCUGGAAGUACCCCGACGAGGACGGCGUUUGCCAGCUCUGCCCCACCAACUGCACCCACUCGUGCACCAUCCGGGACGAGGACGGCUGCCCCGUGGACCAGAAGCCGAGCCAGGUGACGUCCAUCAUCGCCGGCGUGGUGGGGGCUCUGCUGGUCGUCGUCCUCCUGCUCAUCACCGUGGUCUGCGUCAAGCGCCGGAGGCAGCAGGAGAGGAAGCACACCAUGCGGCGCCUGCUGCAGGAGACCGAGCUGGUGGAGCCGCUGACGCCCAGCGGGGCCCUCCCGAACCAAGCCCAGAUGCGCAUCCUCAAGGAGACGGAGCUGAAGAAAGUGAAGGUUUUGGGCUCAGGCGCUUUCGGCACCGUCUACAAGGGCAUCUGGAUCCCGGACGGGGAGAGCGUGAAGAUCCCGGUGGCCAUCAAGGUCUUGCGGGAGAACACCUCGCCCAAGGCCAACAAGGAGAUCCUGGACGAAGCCUACGUGAUGGCGGGGGUGGGCAGCCCCUACGUGUCCCGGCUGCUGGGCAUCUGCCUGACCUCCACGGUGCAGCUGGUGACGCAGCUGAUGCCCUACGGCUGCCUCCUGGACUACGUGCGGGAGAACAAGGACCACAUCGGCUCCCAGGACCUCCUCAACUGGUGCGUGCAGAUCGCCAAGGGGAUGAGCUACCUGGAGGAGGUGCGGCUGGUGCACCGCGACCUGGCUGCUCGCAACGUCCUGGUCAAGAGCCCCAACCACGUGAAGAUCACCGACUUCGGGCUGGCUCGGCUGCUGGACAUCGACGAGACCGAGUACCACGCUGACGGCGGCAAGGUGCCCAUCAAGUGGAUGGCGCUGGAGUCCAUCCUGCGCCGCCGCUUCACCCACCAGAGCGACGUCUGGAGCUACGGUGCGUCCCCGAGCCGGCUGGGGAGGCGCCGGGGGGGUGAAAGGGGGGGGGCCAGGGGGGGGGGGGGGGGGGGGGGGGGGGGGGGGGCCCCCCCCCCCCCCCCCCAUCUCGCCCUGACGGCGCUCGGCUCUGCCCCAGGCUGGAUGAUCGACUCCGAGUGCCGGCCCAAGUUCCGGGAGCUGGUCACCGAGUUCUCCCGCAUGGCGCGGGACCCGCAGCGCUUCGUGGUCAUACAGAACGACAUGAUCGGGCUGCCCAGCUCCAUGGACAGCACCUUCUACCGGGCUCUGCUGGAGGAGGAGGACAUGGACGACCUGGUGGACGCCGAGGAGUACCUGGUGCCUCACCAGGGCUUCUUCAGCGCCGAGACCUCCACCACCUACCGCAGCCGCAUCUCCUCCACGCGGAGCACGGCGGAGACCCCAGCCGACGUGGAGGAGGGCGAGGACUCGGCCACCUUCCCCUUCCCGCCCCAGGGCCUGGUGGAGGGGCCCGAGGGCCCCGUGCCGGAGGCUCUGGAGGGGGACACGGGGACCAAAGGGACCCUGCAGAGCCCCCCGGCCACGCGCUACAGCGAGGACCCCACUGGGCUGUCGGGUGACGAGAGCGAGGGCCCGGACCCCGAGGGCUUCCUCCCCCCGGCCUCCUGCACCACCAUGCCAGAGUACGUGAACCAGGCCGGGGAGCGCCUGUCCCCCCCCCGGCACCCCCGCACGCCACCGUCCCCGCUGGACAAACCCAAGGGCCACCAGGGCAAGAACGGGCUGAUCAAGGACGCCAAGCAUCCCUUCCCGGGGCCCUUCGGCCGUGCCGUGGAGAACCCCGAGUACCUGGCCCCCCCCGGGCUGCCGGCCCCCGGCCCCUUCAGCCAAGCCUUCGACAAUCCCUACUACUGGAACCAGGACCCCCCGAAAACCGAGGGCGGCGGCGGCGGCCCCCUCGCCACGCCGGCGGCCGAGAACCCCGAGUACCUGGGCCUGGCCGAGCCCAGCGCGCGGCCCGAGGACGCGGCCGUGUAGGGCCGGACCACCGGCACAGCCCCCCCCCCC